GAACUGGCUGCAUCUGCAAAAAGGAUCCUUGUGGAAACAAUAAAAGUCCUCCAAGCAGAAGAUGAUGCUCUGGUUAGGAAGAUAAUUCAAGCUGCCCACUGGCUUUUCAACUGCCUCCUUGUACUGGAACCUGCUGAAGACGUAUCAGCAAUGCUGGUCACUUUCCGCAGCUUUUCGGAGGCUUUGUUGCUGCUGACCAAAUUGACAGAAAGACUUCUUUGGGAUCUGAAAGAAUCUUGUCGGAAGCACUUGGCUCAAACCCUACAGCUCCUUAAAAACUGCAUUCCGAUGCUGUACACAGCAAAACUCAGCAGUCUAAAGCACCCCGGUGAUGAGCAAGUGGAAAUCUCAAAAAGCUAUAUUUUUGGCUUGGCAAGAAGCACAGUGAAGGAAUUGAUCUCCCAGCUGAGGAACAAGGUGGGAACAAAGAAACUACAUGAAAGAACCGGGCUCUUUCCUCACCAUUUGCACAAUGUUUUGAGCCUCCUGUCCAGACCUCAGUCUAACAAGGGUGAGAUAAGCUUCCUUGUAGAAUCGCUGGUAUUCUACUGCAUGCUGUUAGCUGACUCAUCGAGAGGACCUGUGAAGCUCAAUCUGGUCCAGCACUGUCAUCGCCUCCUGAAGUUCAGAAAGAUGAUUUCCACAAAUGAGGGCACAUUGGAGGGUUUACCAGUGGAAAACCAGAGAGGGGGUAGUAUAGAAGAGAAAUGUUCUGCCAUGAGAGCAGAGAUGGAAAAUCUUGAUCAAGCAGUACGUACUGCUGUUCUCUAUCAGGUUUUGGACAAUUUUGUGGAGACCAAAGGACCCAUGAAGAGGUUGGUGGAAGCUGCCAUGCAACCAUGUUCCCCUGCUGAAAAUGGAGGAUUCCUAAGAAAACUGAAGCCUCUCGCUACUGAAUUCUUCAACCAUUCCAACCAGAUGCUCAAAGCGGCAAAUUUUGUUCUAGUCACCUGCACCGAAAGGAGAACCAUUAAGGGCAUCGAAGGCUGUGUAGACCAUCUGAGUAGACUUCUUGCCACCGUGCCUUCCCUUCUCUGUGAAAUGAGCCACCCUCCAGGUCGUAAGGAUGCACCUGAAAAAUUGCACUUCCUGUGUCAGACGUGGUUGAGCACGACCGAAAGCCUGCUGAUGUGUUUGGACAAAGUAAUUGAUCUGCGUGAAUUCCUGGGAUUAUGUCUGCAGGACAUGGCGGAGCACAAAGCAAGGAGUGAGAAGGCCUUAGAGGAGCAGCAAUCUGGAGAGUUUUCUCAGCACGCAUCCAGCCUUUCCAAAAGAGCGGUGCAAGUUGUUGAGUUUAUUAGCAGACAUCGGGACAGAGCCAGAGAUCCCAUUUUCCGGAAUGGACUGCUGGCUUUAAUUAAGCAACUGGAAAAUGCCAUACCGCAGGUGAAAGUCGCUGCAGAUCAGUGUCUGGCAAGAAUGGCUAGUCUGCAAGCCAAAGAUGAAUAUUCAAAGAGGGCAAAAGAUUUGAUGGAGGCUGCUUGCAAUGUCAGACUGGGACUGGAUGAGUGCAAUCAGCCAGAUAUUCUCAGCCCACUUCGGGAGGGUGUUCGAAGCAGCAUUAUUUCCAAAGAUAUUCCAGAUUGUUUCACUCCCCAGGACCUUAUAGUGCUUGAUACACAAAGCACCACAAAGCAAAGUAGUUCAAACAAUUCAGAAUUACUGGAAGAGCUCUCAGGCUGGUCUAUCCCUGUCCACAGUUCUUCCUCCCCAAAUCCUAGUGGCACUGAUUUAUUUUCUGAAGGUGCAAGUGGAAAGAUUGAUAUGCACACUCUGAUCAGCGAGAUCAUAGCAGCUACAAAGACACACAAUGUCACAAGCCUGAACAGUGCUUGCUCUGACUUAUUGGAGCUUUCCAGUUGUUGGGUUGACGCUGCUAAAGAAGCCUUGCAGGUUUCUAAGCUGCCUGUGUCAGAGGAACUGUUGCAAUACAGAGAAAUAGUGACAUUAAUCCCUUGUCUUAUUAGCUCAGCCAGAGAGGUAGACUCAAACUCUAUUCCUUGCACAGAGACACUUCAGCAAACAGCAGUUUUGCUCUCAGAGAGAAUUGAUGCAGUUAAGCAAGGUCUGGCCAUUGUUGCAAGCUCUUGGUACAGCCUGACUAGGCAGUUAAUUUGCGUUCGAUCCUCGUCUGAAUUUUCUGACAAUGCUAAAGUGUUAGGCGAGAUCAUGGAGAUUUUACAGGCUCUUGUUCAACUGGCUGGCAAAGCCACUCGUAUAGAACACGGUGAGGGGCUCCCCGAGCUUCCCGGACUUCACGAAACCUUUCUGCGAGUUCAAGCUAAAUUAAUUUGUGUGCAAGCCAGGACAAAACUCUUGCUUGAAAAGGCCCUGGCUGUUAAUCAGCCCCACUCCAGCAACAAAGCAGAGCUGGAGACAUUGGAUGCGCAUUGCCUCUUGUGGUCUGUCACCAUCCAAGCAUUCCUAAGCUCUGUAGACCAGUUUAUAGGAAGAGACGUAUUGUCCUUAACCGAGUUGCGAGACAAAACAAAGCACCUGCUCUGCUUGCGGAGCAGCCUGGCAGCAGUAUCAGAAAGUUCCCUUCGAAUACAGGAAGCAAGCAGGCUGUUGCUUCUGUCGUGUGCUGAACACAGUGCUAAGCACGAGGUUACAGCACUAAAGGAGCAGAUGAAAACACUGACAUACUCCCUGCUUGGAGUUGCCGAUGUUCUGACUGCCUCCCCGCUGCCUGCACCCAAUUUGUCGGUUCGUUUUGAGCUUCUCCAAAGGGAACUUGCCCUAACAGCCAAAGUCCUUCUGCUUCAGAUGAGUGUGAUCAAUGGAGAAUACUUGAGUAGCAUCCGAAGCAUCAUCAGCCGAACCCAGCCUGUGCCACGUGGCAGUGAAGGCGACAGGGUCCAAAUCGACAAGGAGGCCUUUGAGAAAAACGCGGAUGAGCUCCGGGCAAAUAUCCAGAUGGUCAAAAAGACUGUCGGUGAUGCUCUGGAGAGCCUUUCUUCUGAGGAACUGAAAGGGAACUUACUCUCCACGGCAGACCACCUUCUGCUCCUCACCGAUGAAGUGAUCAGGAGAGCUGGGGAGCUCCAAAGCCAGCUAGACAAGGAGCAUCUUCUCGGAGACAGUGUUUUAUACGAGUGGUCUGCUACAGCGGCUUAUCUUGUGAAACAGCUUCAGUCCACAAAGGGUGCGAGUGAAGCAGCCGUGGAGCGCGUGAGGAGGUGCUUGCAAAACAAGGAGGGGCACAUGCCUUCCAGCCAAUCCUCCUGUCAAGUGCAACCCCCCUUACAGAAAGAACUGGGCAGCGCAAAGGACCAGAGUCCUGUGACACCAAAGCUCAAAGCCACUAAGACUGGGCAAGGCCUGUUGCUUGCUAGGGACGUUACCAAAACGGUAAGAUGGUUCCAGGGGCGCAAGGAGUUGCCGGAGCUGUUUAAAUAUCGCCAGCCCCCGCCCCUGUUGCUAAGCAACUCCUCCUCUUCCAGCGAAGGGAUCAGCAGUCCUUCCAGUGGGGAGGGGGAGAUGGGAGUGGAGAGUAGGAGCCAGGGCUCUGACAAGCCCUGGGAAGAUCCACAAAGUGGUUUUGAGCCCAGUCACUCUGAACGCAACUUGAGAGUCAGCGCUGCUGCCUCGCCGGGAGACUCUGGGAUGUCGGGGCAUGACGGCUGUCCAAUUUCACAAGUCACCCAGCAGAUGACAACUCAGAUGUCAUACAUGGCCAAGUUUCUAAAAAGGAAGGGGCCAAUUGCGACCAAGGAACAACUCAUUUCCUGCGCCACACAGAUCAUUUCUGGAGGGGAAGCCCUGGUAAAGUUUGCCGGCAUCAUUGCAAAGAACUGCCUAGAUGAAAGAUGUGCGACCGAACUGCUGUAUGCCAUGGAGCAAACAAAGACCAUUGGCUACCAGCUUAGCAUCGUUUCCAGGGUAAAUGCAUCAACAGGUAAAAGCAGGUCAUCUGCCGAGCACCUUGUGAGCAAUGCACAGAACCUAAUCCAGGUGGCUCUUCAGAUGUUAAAGGCUGCAGAAGCGGCUUGCGUCAAACAUUACUCUUUCCUUGCUUCACUUUUCUGCAGGGUUUGCGCCAACCGGCCGCUAAUUCAGAAGAAGUCGAUGUAG